GAGUGUAUUGUACACGUGCAAGCUAGUAAGAAGUUGGAUUACAUGAACAUGAACAAAGUGUAGAAGUAUGAAACAGCUCCUAGGGUUUCAGAUUAUGUUAAAUUUACGCCGAAUCAAGUGAUAAUUCAAAACUCAAACCCAAAGCAUAUACAGUACUAUAUCGCAAACGAUUAUUGAAAGCGAGAAGAAGAAGACAAUAAGUUGAAGAAGAAGAAGAAAUUUUGGAUAAACCGAGAAUGUCUUCAAACACAAAAACUAAUACCCUGUCUUCUUCUUCUUCAAUCUCACCGCUCCCUGGUGAUGUUUACACUAUCCUUAAAGACAUUGACGUUCUUCCAAACCCUAAUCUCCAUUUUCGACUUCAACUUCCACGCCAAGCACAGGAAUUUUUAGAUAAGAGAGAGGUUCGGGAGUUUAUGAGUGGUGCCCUAGCUGGUGCUAUGACUAAAGCUAUUCUUGCUCCUCUUGAAACUAUCAGGACAAGAAUGGUAGUUGGUAUUGGGUCGAAAAAUAUCACAGGUAGUUUCGUUCAGGUUGUAGAGCAGCAGGGAUGGCAAGGAUUGUGGGCUGGUAACAUGAUCAAUAUGAUUCGUAUAGUUCCAACGCAGGCCAUUGAGUUUGGCACAUUUGAGUGUACAAAGCGGGCGAUGGCAUCGUUGCAAGAGAAAUUGAAACAGAAUGAAUGUCCCAAGUUGCAGAUAGGUUGCCUCAAUUUGAGCUUGAACUUAUCUUGGAUUUCACCAACUGCUGUGGCUGGGGCAGCUGCUGGAGUUGCUAGCACACUUGUAUGCCAUCCCCUGGAAGUUUUGAAGGAUCGGUUAACUAUAAGUCCUGAAAUAUACCCUAAUUUGGGCACUGCAAUUAGAAAUAUUUAUAAAGAUGGUGGUAUUGGCGCUUUUUAUGCUGGUUUAUCACCUACUCUAGUUGGCAUGCUUCCAUACAGUACCUGUUAUUAUUUCAUGUAUGACACAAUAAAGAAAUCUUACUGCCUGACCAAAAAUAAGAAGUCUUUAAAUCGUCUGGAGAUGCUUAUGAUUGGAGCUCUAUCAGGUUUUACUGCCAGUACAAUUAGCUUUCCCUUGGAGGUAGCAAGAAAGCGUCUGAUGGUAGGAGCAUUGCAAGGGAAGUGCCCACCAAACAUGGCAGCGGCAUUGUCCGAAGUCAUUAGAGAAGAAGGUCUGAAGGGUCUGUACAGAGGGUGGGGUGCAAGCUGUUUAAAGGUAAUGCCAUCCUCAGGAAUCACCUGGAUGUUUUAUGAAGCAUGGAAAGACAUACUGCUUGUCCAGAAGGGUAUUUCCUUAUAAUCUUGAAAAGGAUAACUGAGUUUUGUACCUCUACAAGUCAUGGUAAUCAAACCCCUUUUUUUUAAUGUUUGGAAAUUAAGAAAUGACUUCAUACCCCCCAUUUUUGUUCCUACUAACCAGUUAUUUAGGCCUAGCUUGUCCUUUUGAGUUUUCAAUUUUGAUUUGGGUUGUUGUCAUCAAAAGAGAAAGGAUGAGUUGGGGUUGGGAUGAUUUUGUGUGCUUUCUGUUUCUUUUCAUCAUAACUCCAACAUGUAAUUUAAUUACAUCGGCUGUCACCAUUUAAAGUUUUUGAGUAUUAUUAUUAUUUAUUAAAAUAACAUACAUGAUCUUUCUUU